UUUGGUUUAUAGUAAUUUAUGGAACUGCAAUAGGUUGCCGACAGUUUAAGGGACAGAGCGUGAAGAGGUCACACCCUUCUUAAGUAAAGAUGGGUGUGUGGUGCCGCAAGCUCGCAGCAGACUUUACCCUACCAUCAAUUGAAACAUCAGCAAUAAUCUUUACGGAGAACCUGUUCGAGGUUUAGUCAAAGAUUCUACUUCUAGUAUUUGGUGAGUAAUUUGUAAUUGUUUACAUUUACGACAUUUGGACAAUGGUAAGGAAACGUUGUCAAAUUCCUUUGCAAUAGUUGUUGGCAAAAUCUGCUCAGAAGUCAGUUUCAACAACCAUAUCAUCAUGUGAGGACACCUGGAGGUGACUGGCUGCCAUGAUGGAGUCUGCAUCCAAAGUGACCACAGACCAUCCUUGCAACAGUACUUGCAGCUCGGCAGGCUCCAAUGAGACACUGCUGUACAACUCCACCAUCUCCUUGCACCACUUUAACAAGGCCCUUUUAGGAGUGUCCCUGGGCAGCCUGUCCCUGUUAACGGUGAUCAUGAACAUCUUGGUCCUCUAUGCUGUGAAGAAGGAGAAGACUUUACACACUGUGGGCAACCUCUACAUAGUCAGCCUUUCUGUGGCAGACCUCAUUGUUGGAGCCACUGUGAUGCCCCUGAACCUGGUCUACCUGCUGGAGGAUGAAUGGAAACUCGGUCGCAUAGUCUGCCAAUUUUGGUUAAUCAUGGACUAUGUUGCCAGCACAGCAUCUAUUUUCAGCCUGUUCAUCUUGUGCCUGGAUCGAUAUCGGUCGGUGCGCCAGCCGCUGAAGUACCUGAAGUAUCGCACCAGAGGCAAGGCCAGUGUCAUGAUCACAGGUGCCUGGCUCCUCUCCAUGACGUGGAUCCUCCCCAUACUGGGAUGGCGGUCCUUUACUCAUGUCCAGCUGAAACCAGAGAUGGAGAACAAAUGUGACACGGACUUCAGGUUUGUCACCUGGUUUAAAGUUAUAACCGCCGUCUUCAACUUUUAUGUGCCAUCUAUUUUGAUGCUUUGGUUUUAUACACGCAUUUACUUGGCGGUGAGACAACACAUUCGAGAAAGAGAGCGAAUCAUCAAUCCUGUAGAUUCCUUUGGGGAUAAUGGGCCACACAAUGCUCAAACACUUGAAAACGAUGUCUAUCAAUGUCGGAGGGAUAACAUGGCUUCAUCAGAGUAUUCUCAUCAGGAAAGCUUGGUGGAUCACUAUACUUUAGAAAAACCAUAUUAUUCCAAUGUUAAAAAUGAGCGUGAAGAAAUCAAUUCUGAACUUGACAAAAUAAAUAUCUGUCAUUCGAGCCUGUCGAGGACCACAGAACUGACAGACUCAGCAAAAUAUGAAAACGGGGAGUGUUUGUCACCUCAACAAGUGAAGUCUGACUCGGAUGCUUCAUUGUCAGUCUCACCAGUUGGCAUUCAGCAUUCAGAGGACAACAACGUGGAAAAGCUGUUUGUGUCUGUCACCGACUGCCAUGUCGCAGUGCCAAACUCCGUGGCUGGAGUAUGUGAGAUAACCCAAAUUUCUGAUGUUGAGAGAUACACCACUAUGUUGCGGCAUAACAAUGAAUUCAAUCCAUCCCUGGCAUUGUCGUGGCCAGAGGAGGGGGACACUAAACUGGACGGUGCCAAUGGCCUAACUCUGAAACACACCUGGCAGAGGUUCUGUGAGCACUCUCGACAGCGCAUACACAGCCUGCAGAUCCGCAAAGAGCACAAGGCUGCCAAGCAGCUGGGCUGCAUUAUUGCAGCAUUUAUGAUGUGCUGGAUACCCUACUUUAUCGCUUUCAUGGUCAUGGCUUUUUGUCAAACGUGUGUCCUUCACGACCUUCAUAUGUUCACUAUAUGGCUAGGGUACAUGAACUCCACGCUCAACCCAUUUAUAUAUCCUCUUUGCAAUGAGAAUUUCAAAAGAGUUUUCAAAAGUAUCUUGAACAUCCAUUCUUGAAAUGUGUCCUGUGAGUACCGAGGUACUAGAUCAUUUCAUUCAUGUUGACUUAUGAAGACAAAAUAAAGUCUACAUAGGCGUAUUGUUACUUUGCAAUGUAAUUGCACUGCACAAUGGGCUGUCAACUGUGUGUUCAUCAUAAAACUUUGCAGAAAUGUUGUGGUUUCUGAUGUCUUUCAACCGAAAUGUUUUGCACAAAAGUGUAUCUGGUCAAAUGAUUCCGUGACUCGGUGAUUCAGAUUUGAAUAUGACUGUAGACAAAACUGUGAUAUGUAGCUCAUGUAUGUGGUUUUCCAGUUUAAUAUAUAUUUUGAAACUUUUAUCUGCAUGUAUAAUACACGAUUUAUUUUUUUCAAGCUUAUCGAGAACGAAGCGGUUAUUGGCUAAUAGGAACUGGCAGGAACAUCAAGAAUUCUGCGUUCCACUACGUGUCAAACAUACAUAUAUUCUGCGAUCUGCAAAAAGAAGCAGUGAAGUUACUGUAAUUGUGAUUUUGUUUAUUGUAUGAGUAUUUAGAUGUAUAGGCCUAUGCUAUAUGUUUUACGUUGAAUGUCUGAAGCAGUCUGCUAUGCGAUUAUGGUUUUGAUUAAAAC